AUGUCACCUCCUCGCCAGUUGACCUUGACAUCGAGGCGUACCAUGUUCUCCUUCACCAAAAAGUCACUCUGGCAGCUACCGCCCAACUCAGGGCCGCCAAUUCCUCAACGGGAACUUAUUGACGAUGAGGUUUGUCCUGACUACAAUUCGGCGACUUUCUACCCAGCAAAGCCGGGAAAAGUAUUUGCCAAGAAAUUUCAACUACUUGUCAAAAUCGGAUGGAGAUCACAAUUAACUCAUUCAGAGCAUCGUAGCCGCGUAAUUCUACGGACGUGCUUAGAUGACUUCGAAGUGACUGGUCCGAAAAGAAAGUACAUGUACCUUGUGUAG